AUGAUUUCUUGGAAUGCAUGUUAAUCAAAUUAGUUAACGACGAAGUUAAGGGUUAGUGAGGAUAAGUGAAAAAUCAAGUCCAGUGAAGUCUAAAGUUGAAGCUGACAGCAAAAGAAGGACAUAUCUACAUUGAUUUAAAAGCCGUUAGUUUCGUAAGUUUAACUUGGACCGAUGCACUAUAGUCUAGUACUACAAUAGAUUUUCAACAGACCUAAUUUUAAAAGCACAUCAUUUUGGUUGAUGGAAAAUUGGAUGGAGUGCAGGUGAAGUAAAGAACAACAAACACCAGUUUUAUUUGAUGAGAUGAAUUUACGAACAAUAAUAGAAAGGAAAUGAAAAGAAUAUGCAAUGCGGGGCUGUUUGCAUGCGGAUUUCUUCUCCUAAUACAAAGCAAGGAUAUUGUUUUUUCAAGAAAAUACUCUUAUAAAAGGCGAAAUUUUGCCACAAAGUCAAGAUACCCUGAUGCUGAAGAAAAAACAACAAGCAUUCCUAAGGAGUGUCGCCCAAAGUUCAUUAAUAUGGUAUUAAGACACGGCACUCGCUACCCUGGAGAGAAAGAUGUGAUUGGAAUGAAUAAGCUUGAAGACUUCAUCAACCAGUUCCAUGUUAACUCAACAAUACAACAUAAUUUAACAUCUUGGAGAAAUCGUUUUUUAAAUGGUCACAAAUUGCUGGCUGCCACAGGUGCACAAGAAUUGUACAACAUUUCAAAGAGAAUACGGCGAUGGUUGCCAUCACUUUUUUCACCAAAAUAUAAUGGCGAAGAGCAUAUGUUUGUAUCUACCAUGACAGCUCGUACUAGUCAAAGUGCAUCAGCCUUUGCAUUUGGUCUGUUUGAGGGAACAGGAAACCUUGGCCCUUCAAUGUUUCAACCUGUUGCCAUAACAACCACCAAUCUAACUGAACCGCAAUUGAGGUUUUUUGACAAUUGUCUAAAGUACCAGUUGAAAGUUUCAAAGAAUAAGAAGAUUUCAUUGGCUGAGUACAACAAGUUUCGUGAUGGACAAGAAAUUCUUGAUUUGAAGAGAAAGUUAGGAUUUAAACUGAAUAUUCCUGAUAACAUUAGCAUUACUACUGAUCACAUUGAACAUAUGUUUCUUUCAUGUGCAUUUGAAGUGGCAAUUUAUGGAAAAGGAAAAUGGUGUAGCAUAUUUGACGAUUCUGAUUUGGAUGUUAUUGAAUAUAUGUAUGAUUUGAAAAAUUAUUGGAAAAGAGGAUAUGGUUUUGAAAUCAACUAUCAAAUGAGCUGUUUACUUCUUAAAAACAUUACAGAAUCAAUCGAAAAUGCUAUCAGGUCCUCUGGCAAAACAAAAGCAAUUUUCCAGUUUGCACAUUCAGAAACUCUCAUUCCAUUGCUUUGUCUCAUGGGUCUAAACAAAGAUAGCGAGCCUUUAUUGGCCAACAACUAUCAUAAACAAAAAAAUCGUUUGUUCAGGACUUCAAUUAUUGCACCAUUUUCAGCAAAUAUUGCAAUCAUUUUGUACUCAUGUCAAUUUGACAUGGCAGACUCGUUUCAUGUCCAAGUCCUUGUCAAUGAAAAUGUUACGCCAUUGCCUUGCUGUGAUGGACUGGAUCUCUGUCCUUUGAAGGAAUUCAGAGCAUGUUUUCAAGCAAUCACAAACAGCUGUGACUACAACCGUAUAUGUGAUAUGGACAAACCUUCUCAUAAUGACCUUUGAACAAUUUUAUGUAUAAUACUAAUUUUAUUGAUCAUACCUGAUAA